GCCUCCCAGAAUGGACCCUUUUCCCUCCAGGCCUUCCCCCGAUCUUCUGACUCUUCCCUCUGCCACCCGCAGCUUUGAAAACUUUGGUCUUUGCUUCCCUGCGAGUAAGUUUGGCAAGCGGGACGUGGGUGGCGCUGUGGGUUAAACCACUGAGCCUAGGGCUUGCCGAUCAGAAGGUUGGCGGUUAGAAUCCCCAGGACGGGGUGAGCUCCUGUUGCUCGGUCCCUGCUCCUGCCCACCUAGCAGUUUGAAAGCACGUCAAAGUGCAAGUAGAUAAAUAGGCAGGAAGGUAAACGGCAUUUCCAUGCGCUGCUCUGAUUCGCCAGAAGCGGCUUAGUCAUGCUGUACGCCGGCUCCCUCGGCCAAUAGAGCGAGAUGAGCGCCGCAACCACAGAGUCGUCCUCGACUGGACCUAAUGGUCAGGGGUCCCUUUACCUUUACCUCUAAGCUUGGCGAGCACCAGCCUACUGCAGACUUGAAGCGAAUCCCUUUCGCAGCAAUCCUCUCUCUGCAAGCCUUGCACGACCUCAGCGUAAGGAGGCAGCCUUGCUAGACAUCAGCUGCUAAACGGCCCCUUAUUUAACGGGGUUCAAGAACGACCUUGGCUUGAGCAGGACAUAGGAAGGGGGGAAAUGGGGUGGGAGAGAAAUGAAAAGAACUGUCUGUCUAGUGUGGCACUUCUCUCAAGCUUGAUCUGGGAGCUGCAGUUCGUGCUGAAUGCUGCAGCAAAAUUGCUGAGGGAACUUUGGAACUCCCUGCCUAUUGACAUCAGGCAGCCUCCGUCACUAUUCUGUUUUCGGUGCCUGCUUAAAACAUUUUCAUUUAGGCAAGCCUUCCAAGACUAGUAGAAUGCUGGCAUUUGUUUCAGUCUGCUUUUAGUUUAUUGCCGAUUUUAUCUUCUGAAUGUUUCAAAGAAUUGCUUUCACUGGUAGUUUCAUUCUUUUGUUCUCUUUGAAAGCAGCUUUGAGGGUGGUUUUCUUUUUUCCAAUCAAGCAGUGAAUAAAUUUUAUGAAUCAAGUAAUAAAAUAAAUUACGGCUUCACAGGCCAGAUUGCAGACCCUCCAAGCGUUCCUAUUUUCCAGGGACGUCCCUUAUUUAGAGAAGCCGUCCCGCUUUCUGAUUUGAUCCUGGAAUGUCCCGCUUUUCCUUAGGACGUCCCUAUUUUCACUGAAGAAAUGUUGGAAGGUUAUCCGACUCCCGAGCCGUCCGAAUGCAAUCCUGUAUAAGGAAAGGUUUUUUUUUUAAUGUUUAAUGUUUUAUUAUGUUUUUAUAUAUGUUGGAAGGGACCCGGGCGGCGCUGUGGGUUAAACCACAGAGCCUAGGGCUUGCCGAUCAGAAGGUCGGCUAUUCGAAUCCCCGCGACGGAGUGAGCUCCUGUUGCUCGGUCCCAGCUCCUGCCAUCCUAGCAGUUCAAACGCAUGUCAAAGUGCAAGUAGAUAAAUAGAUACCGCUCUGGCGGAAAGGUAAACGGCAUUUCCGUGCGCUGCUCUGAUUCGCCAGAAGCGGCUUAGUCAUGCUGGCCACAUGACCCGGAAGCUGUACGCCGGCUCCCUCGGCCAAUAAAGCGAAAUGAGCGCAGCAACCCCAGAGUCGGCCACGACUGGACCUAAUGGUCAGGGGUCCCUUUACCUUUAUAUAUGUUGGAAGCCUCCCAGAGUGGCUGGGGCAACCCAGUAACAUGUGUGGGGUAUAAAUAGAAAAAUUAUUAUUGUGGAAUGGGAUGUCCCUAUUUUCAUUGGGGAAACGUUGGAGGGUAUAUUGAAGGAGUGUGGAGAGUCUUGGACCUAUAGCAGGUGCUGCGACAGGAUUGGUCCUCUAAGACCACCUGAUUUGGAAGACCAGGAAGAUUGUGGUCUUCAUUAUUCACACCACAAUCUGAGCAGUUUACAGCGAUGUCCUCCGGCCACUGGCCUAGCAGAGAAGAGCACAAUUUUCAGGGAUUUUGGCUGGGGCACGAUGCCCAAAGUAUUGAGGAGCAAAAGGGAGGGACCUUGCAUCUUGCCUUACUUGUGCAAACUCGGCUGGCCAAACUCUGAGCUCGGUGGCUGGCGGGCCGGACUCUGCAUAGCAAUUCCUAAUGUUCUUAAAUGCAAAUCUGUCCUAUAUUUUCCCGGGGCGGCUGCUUCUGCCCUGCCUGUCUCGGUUACCUCACUGCCCUGUUUUUAGCUCCUGAAGACUCUGCACUCUGAAUGGCCUGGGACGAAUUUACGAAGCCCAUAUCUGUAUAUGGGAUAAACGGUAGUAACUGGUCCAGAAUUUUCCCCCUUCCAGCCAGAAGCCGGAGCAUAAAUCUUUGAAAUAUGUGUUGAGCCAGCUGCCGCAUCAUUUAAAAAUAGUUAACUUGGUGCCAAUAAGACAGAUCACUCAACAUGGGGGCCGUAAAGAGAAAAUCAAAGGCAUGUGCUUGUGUCCUGACGGAGGCAGAGCCUUCCAACCCCACCCCCCACCCCCCCAUUGCAACCAGCCCCCUCCCGCUGAAUAUUUUACAGCGUUACACAUCCCCCCCACCCCCAAGGAAUUGUCUGCUGUCAAACAUUGAUUUCUCCCUGCCCAGGAGGGCACAGACAGCUUCAUGUUGCACUGAAGUCUGGUGGCAUCCGUCCCAAUCCCUUUUGUCUGACAUUAUGCAGAGUCUCCUUUGCAGCUUAACAAAGGCAGGAAAGCGGUUUUCUUCUCCCACGUAGUAACAAAACAUAUUAUGAAGAAUUUUUCUGACAGUAAGAGCUGUUUGACAGUGCAACAGUCUCCCUUGGGAGGCGGUGAGUCUCCUUCCAUGGAGAGUAUUUUUAAGCAGAGGUUGGGUGGCCAUCUGUCAUGGGUAAAGAUUGGUUGAGAUUCCUGCUUUGCAGGGGGUUGGACUAGAUGACCCUUGGGUCCCCUCCAGCUCUAAGAUUCUACAGUUCUGUGUAAUGUAAUAAUAAUAAUAAUAAUAAUAAUAAUAAUAAUAAUAAUAAUUUAUUUAUACCCCACCCUUCUGGCUGGGUUUCCCAGAAUAUUAAAAUACAAUAAUCUAUUAAACAUUAAAGCUUCCCUAAACAGGGCUGCCUUCAGAUGUCUUCUAAAUGUCAGGUAGUUGUUUAUCUCUUUGACAUCUGGUGGGAGGGCGUUCCACAGGGCGGGUGCCACUACCGAGAAGGCCCUCUCCCUGGUUCCCUGUAACUUGGCUUCUCACAGCGAGGGAACUGCCAGAAGGCCCUCGGAGCUGUACCUCAGUGUCUGGGUAGAACGAUGGGGGUGGAGACGCUCCUUCAGGAGCGUACAAAAAAUUACAAAAUAAUAAUAAUACUGAGAAGGAGGAGGAUUAGUAAUUAUCACAUGAACAUAAGGUGAACCUUGCUCCCAGUGGUGAACUGCAGCUAGUAGCCUUGUGCUUCCUUAAUACAUGAUAUUUUUAUGUAGCCACAUAAACUAUUUGCACUAAGGAAAGAGGGGGGGACUCCCACAGAAUAUUCAUGCAAACUAAACUGCAAUAAUAAUUAUUCUAUCUAUUCCCCCAAAGUAAUUUGGCUGAUUGUGUCUUGCACCUUAUUAUUCCAAUAUUUUAUAAAUAACGUUUUGACAAAUGUGUUCCAUCUUCUGGGCAUAUAAGCUAAAUUCCCAAAUUCUUAAUAAAAUAUAUAUAUAUAUUGUGGCUGCCCCCUUCCCCAUCACAAUUCCUCAUAUUUGAGCAGCUGCUAAUGAAUUAAUACUCUUUCCGAGGCCACAUUAAAGACAAGGAAGUAUUAAGGAGGCAUUCGGAAUGGGGUCCCCCUGCCCCCGACACAGAAAAAGGAUUUUGGCAACAGGAGGGUUCUCUGCUUUUUAAUGCAUAGCUUUGUGGCACUUUCCCAGUUGGAGCCACUGGGAUGAUUUAUUGGUCGGCAGCAGAGCCAGCAGAGACAUUGUUCAUGGCUCAGGGCAGCAAUGUCUCAAGGACCACCUCUCCAUAUGAGCCUAUCCAGACCCUGAGAUCAUCCUUUGAGAGCAUUCUUCAUGUGCCUCCUCCACAAGAGAUCCAUAGGGUGGCAACGGGACCUUUUCUGCAGUGGCUCCCCGUUUGUCGAAGGCUUUCCCCAGGAAGGCUCACCUAUAGACCCUCCAAGUGUCCCUAUUUUCAAGGGACGUCCCUGAUUUAGAGAAGCUGUCCCGAUUCCUGAUUUGAUCCUGGAAUGUCCACUUUUCCUUUGUUGUUGUUGUUUAGUCAUUUAGUUGUAUCCGACUCUACGUGACCCCAUGGACCAGAGCACGCCAGGCACUCCUGUCUUCCACUGCCUCCCGCAGUUUGGUCAAACUCAUGCUGGUAGCUUCAAGAACACCAUCCAACCAUCUCGUCCUCUGUCGUCCCCUUCUCCUUGUGCCCUCCAUCUUUUCCAGCAUCAGGGUCUUUUCCAGGGAGUCUUCUCUUCUCAUGAGGUAGCCAAAGUAUUGGAGCCUCAGCUUCACGAUCUGUCCUUCCAGUGAGCACUCAGGGCUGAUUUCCUUCAGAAUGGAUAGGUUGGAUCUUCUUGCAGUCCAUGAGACUCUCAAGAGUCUCCUCCAGCACCAGAAUUCAAAAGCAUCAAUUCUUCGGCGAUCAGCCUUCUUUAUGGUCCAGCUCUCACUUCCAUACAUCAGAAGCCACUUUUCCUUAGGACGUCCCUAUUUUCAUGGGAGAAAUGUUGGAGGGCAUGGAGUUAUCCAGCCCUCGAGCUGUAUGAAGGCAAUCCUGCAUGGGGAUUUUUUAAAAAAAUGUUAUAUUAUGUUUUUAUGUAUGUUGGAAGCUGCCAAGAGUGGCUGGGGCAACCCAGUAAGAUGUGUGGGGUAUAAAUAGUAAAAUAAUCACUAUGAAAUGGAACAUUCCUAUUUCCAUCGGACAAAUGUUGGAGGGUGCGCUCUCCUGGUGCCAUCCUUAUACACCUUUAGAAGCCGGGCAAAAAUGUUCCUCUUCAAUCAGGCCUUUCGUUGACUGACAUCUAAAGACCUUUUAAAUUUGUUGUAAGAGAGGGGAUUAUUGGGUUGUUGUUGUUGUUUACUAUGUAUCUUGUUGUAUUUAGAUUGUGAUCUUAUGUUGUAGAGCACCCUGAGAUCUCUUUCUUUUAAGGCUAUACCUUUGGUCUCAAUUAUGACGGAACUCACAGGCGGAGAAUACUUUCAUUUUUAUAUAUAUAUUUUAUUAUCUGUGAAGGGAAUCUUCCUAGAAGCUGAUAUUUUCAUCAUUCCCUUUGGAGAUGCGUUGUGCCUUUGCCCUUUUGUCCUUGUGGGCUGCUUAUGGUUAACAUUUUUUUAUUCAUUGCUUUCUUCCUUCCUGUUACGUUUGCACUUCUUAAUUUUUGUUAAGAAAUCUAUAAAAUAGCUUUAAAAGAAAAGAACCAAAAACUACUUGGUUUUUAAAGGAGCGUCUCCACCCCCAUCAUUCAGCUCGGACACUGAGGUCCACCUCCAAGGGUCUUCUGGUGGUUCCCUCACUGCGAGAAGUGAGGUUACAGGGAAGCAGGCAGAGGGCCUUCUCGGUGGUGGCACCCGCCCUGUGGAACACCCUCCUACCAGAUGUCAAGGAAAUAAACAACUAUCUGACUUUUACAAGACAUCUGAAGGCAACCCUGUUUAGGGAAGUUUUUAAUGUUUGGUGUUUUCUCGUGUUUUUAAUACAGUGGUUGUUGUUGUUGUUGUUUAGUCGUGUCCGACUCUUUGUGACUCCAUGGACCAGAGCAUGCCAGUCACUUCUGUCUUCCACUGCCUCCCGCAGUUUGGUCAAACUCAUGCUGGUAGCUUCGAGAACACUAUCCAACCAUCUCGUCCUCUGUCGUCCCCUUCUCCUUGUGCCCUCCAUCUUUCCCAACAUCAGGGUCUUUUCCAGGGAGUCUUCUCUUCUCAUGAGGUGGCCAAAGUAUUGGAGCCUCAGCUUCAGGAUCUGUCCUUCCAGUGAGCACUCAGGGCUGAUUUCCUUAAGAAUGGAUAGGUUUGAUCUUCUUGCAGUUCAUGGGACUCUCAAGAGUCUCCUCCAGCACCAUAAUUCCAAAGCAUCAGUUUAAGAACAGCGCUGCUUACGAACAAUUCGGUUUACAAACUCCGCAAAACUGGAAGUAGUGUCCCGGUUUGCGAAUUUUACCUCAGUCUACGAACGGAAUCUGAACGGUGGAAGGGCACCGGUGGCGGGAGGCCUCAUUACGGAAAGCGCACCUCAGUUUAAGAACGGUUUCAGUUUAAGAACGGACUUCUGGAACAGAUUAAGUUCGUAAACUGAGGUACCACUGUAUUCUGUUGGGAGCCACCCAGAGUGGCUGGGGGAACCCAGCCAGAUGGGCAGGGUAUAAAUAAUAAAUUAUUAUUAUUAUUAUUAUUAUUAUUAUUAUUAUUAUUAUUAUUUAUUCUAUAGGAUGGCUGCAUUUGCAGGGGUUGGACUAGAUAACCCCUUGCUUGGGGUACCUUCCAACUCUGUGAUUCUAUGAUUUGGCAUUGUUUUACAGCAUUCACUGACAGAUCUGUGGUUGUCUCUGAUCUCUCCCCUUCCCCCCUUCACCGCAGUAUGUGCCAUUUGUUUCAGCAGUCCUGAUUAAGUCAUGAAUUUACAAGCAAGCGUUCCAUCAAGACUGAAUCAAAGCAGAUGUUUGGGUUUCCUGCAGUCAAGAAGGCAUCAGUCAGAGAGAGCCUUGUGCAUGUCUGGUUGGGUACAGCUCCUCAGGCCCUCCCCACUUUUCACAGCACUUCAGGAGGCGAAUUCACUGCUGCAAAAGUUUAAUUUCAAAUCAGGCUCCUUAAUAAUAAUAAAAUGCAUAUAGUCUUUGCAUUCUGUCACACAGCGUCCAAAUUUGGUACCAAAGUCUUUUCUAUCCUGUAGAUGGGGAAAGAAGCAGAGUGGAAAAAAGUUUAAUAAUAUUCUGUGGUAGGUUAGGAGACCAACACACACACAAAGGAAGGCUAUUGCCAAUGCUCUGGCUUUGGGAAUUUUCUAACAGCUGCUGCUGCCAAAAACAUAGGCAAGGAAACAUUUUUUGACGGGAAUAUUUAUGAGGAGAGUAAUAGAUUUGCACAACCUUAGGAAUAACAGAGUGGGGUAGAGGAGAGAAAGGGACGCGGGUGGCGCAGUGGGUUAAACCACAGAGCCUAGGACUUGCAGAUCAGAAGGUCGGCGGUUCGAAUCCCCUAACGGGGUGAGCUCCCGUUGCUCAGUCCCUGCUCCUGCCAACCUAGCAGUUCUAAAGCACGUCAGAGUGCAAGUAGAUAAAUAGGUACCGCUCCGGUGGGAAGGUAAAUGGCGUUUCCAUGCGCUGCUCUGGUUCGCCAGAAGCAGCUUAGUCAUAAUAUCCACAUGAUCUGGAAGCUGUACACCGGCUCCCUUGGCCGAAAAAGCGAGAUGAGCGCCUCAACCCCAGAGUCGUUCACGAUUGGACCUAAUGGUCAGGGGUCCCCUUUACCCUUUAGAGGAGAGAAAAGACAUAUAAAGUCGACUGAUACCAAACCAUCGGUCCAUGUUGUUCCAUCCUGCCUCCUGAAACUGGCAGAAGAUGUCCAAUCUCUCAGGCAGAGAAAGAAAGAUCGUUCCCAGGCCUCUAGGGUAAUAGGAGACACUCAAUUCAGUUCACCUGUAAAAGCAAACCUACCAGAUUAGCAUUUUCCUAAACUACAUACAAACCAAAAUACAGCCAUCUGCCAAAACCUGCAAUGCGCAAAGUGGUUCCCCAGCCAAGCAGGUUAAACAGUCCUGGUUUCCUUGAAAGAUUCUGGGAUCUGUAGUUUGUUAAGGGUGCGAAGGUUGUUAGCACACCCCUGUUGCCCCUUGCUGAGCUGCAAUUCCCAGAGCGAUUUACAUAUCCUCUAACAUUUUCCCGAUAAAAAUAGGGAUGUCCGAUUCCAUCAUCAUCAUGUUAUUAUUUAUACCCCCACCCAUCUAACUGGGCUGCCCCAGCCACUCUGGGAGGGUUCCAACAUAUAAACAUAAUAAAACAUAAAACUUUUUUUAAAAAAAAUCCCCAUACAGGUCUGCCUUCAGAUUGUCUAAAGGUUGUAUAGUUACUUAUCUCCUUGGCUCAGGGAUCACAUAACAUUUCUCUGGUGGAAAUAUAUAGUAGUACAGUGGUACCUCGGGUUACAUACGCUUUAGGUUACAGACUCCGCUAAGAAGAACUUUGCUUCAGGAUAAGAACAGAAAUUGUGCUCUGGCGGUGCGGCGGCAGCAGGAGGCCCCAUUAGCUAAAGUGGUGCUUCAGGUUAAGAACAGUUUCAGGUUAAGAACGGACCUCCAGAAUGAAUUAAGUAUUUAGCCCGAGGUACCACUGUAGUAGUAGUAAUAGUAGUAAUAAUAAUAGUUGUUGUUGUUUUAUUUAUACCCCGCCCGACUGAGUGGGUGGCUCCAGCUACUCUGGGUAGCUUCAAACAUAUAUAAAAAUAUAAUAAAACCGUAAACUUCCCUAUGCAUGGCUGCCUUCAAGAUGUCUUCUAAAGGUUGUAUAGUUACUCAUCUUCUCAGCUUGGGAGUCACAUAACGCCAUGCCCUCCAACGUUUCUCUGAUGAAAAUAGGGACAUCCUAAGGAAAAGCGGGGCAUUCUGGGAUCAUAUCAGAAACAGGAAUGGCUUCUGUAAAUCUGGGACUGUCCCUGGAAAACAGGGACACUUGGAGGGUCUGGAUUUAACCAUCCCACUUCCCAGGAAACUUUGAGACUCUUCCGAAGCAUUUGAUUGUCAGCAGCUGGAAACGGCAUCCGGUCCAGAUGGGCUUUACCUUGGUCAGAUCCAGCAAAGCAUUAUCAGGCCAGGAAUCUGAACAGCUUUAAUUAAAUUGCUUUAAGAGCAGACUUAACCCUAAGCAGGCCACGUCUCCCAGCCGAGAAGCAUUUUAAGUAGAUGUGCUGGCCGUGCCGUCCAAAUAAACAGAGCUUCCCCCAUGUUCCGAGCGCAUAGCCCCAGGGAGUGCGCCAAGCAAGCACGCCCGAUGCCGAGAUGGCCUCUUGACUCGUAAAAAGGCUAAUUGAAGCCACUGCGUGCUGCUGAGGGGCGAGAUGGCGGGUUUACAUAGGGACCAGGAAGCGGAGAAGUGGGCGGCAGAAGGGGAGGGCAGGGGAUCUUCGGGGCAAUUUAACAAAUGCUGCCUUCCAGGUGGUCUGCAGGCCAGAGGCAUGACCCAGGAAAGAGCAAUUGGGAGCCGUUCACCUGCAAUCAAUCGGAGGGGGGCUGAGCUGCCAAGGCUUCUGAUGGUGAAGUAAUCCAGGUUCCAGUUAUUAAUUUGGAGCCGGCAAUUUAGGACUGUUCCACUAAACGGUUUGGAGAAGAAAGGGGGAGAACAAACAGAGGAAGCAGCCCAGAUCCGAAGGGGAAGCCCCGACCUCUCGGCUGCAGCAGCUUAUGCGCCGUGGCUUAGAAAUAACAGAAAGCCCAAGGCUCCCUCUGACACACCGGCAGCUAAACCAAACAGGCAUUAAGG